CAUGCGCGGAGUGGAGGCGCGAUGGCAGGUGUCGGGGUCGAGCGGCUGCAGGCGAUGGUGCGGUUUGCGCUGCUGGUGCUCACUGUGUGUGCUGCUGGUGCCCAUGGGCUAUAUUUCCACAUCGGCGAGACUGAGAAGCGUUGCUUCAUCGAGGAAAUACCCGACGAGACCAUGGUCAUCGGCAACUAUCGAACCCAGAUGUGGGACAAGCAGAAGGAGGUCUUCCUGCCCUCGACCCCUGGCCUGGGCAUGCAUGUAGAAGUGAAGGACCCGGACGGCAAGGUGGUACUGUCCCGGCAAUAUGGUUCCGAGGGCCGCUUCACGUUCACGUCGCACACACCCGGUGACCAUCAGAUUUGUCUGCACUCCAACUCCACCAGGAUGGCCCUCUUCGCUGGAGGCAAACUGCGUGUACACCUGGAUAUCCAGGUUGGGGAGCAUGCCAACAACUACCCUGAGAUUGCUGCUAAGGAUAAGUUAACAGAGCUCCAGCUUCGUGCUCGCCAGCUGCUUGAUCAGGUGGAACAGAUCCAGAAGGAGCAGGAUUAUCAGAGGUAUCGUGAAGAACGCUUCCGCCUGACGAGUGAGAGCACCAAUCAGAGGGUCCUGUGGUGGUCCAUCGCCCAGACUGUCAUCCUCAUCCUCACUGGGAUCUGGCAGAUGCGGCACCUCAAGAGCUUCUUUGAGGCCAAGAAGCUGGUGUAGGGCUCUUGCCGUAUAACCCUUCCCUUUUGCCCCAAUUAGUUGAUCAUUUCCCCCCCCAGCCCCACCCACCUGGAUUUUGAGGAGGAAAAGUGAAAAAUCAAUGUGUCUCACAUUGGUGUCAUGGCAAUACGCCGUUGAGAUCAGCUACCUUUUGACCCUGGUUCUCCAAGAAGCAGACAUUGGUCCAUGCUUUCAAAAUCUGCCUUAGGGUUUGGGAGAAGUUGGAAUUAACCCAAGAUCAAAUCAUUUCUUUUGCCCCUGAUGAUUCUCCUGUUUUUGAAGAGAUGACCAAAUGGUCUUCUGUUUUCUGGUUGUCUAUUUCUGCAGUAGACAGCUGGCAUGUCCCAUGGAGGAGGCCCUGCCUCGGUGUUCCUGGGUCAGUCCUGAGUUCUUUCAAUGUAUUGUGAAUGUAAAUAAGGGGCAGUUCUUGGCCCUGAAGGAUCGAGAUGUUUUCUAUAUUUUAGAACUAUUUUUGGAUAAAUUAUAUGUAUUUUCCUUCCUGGUUGAAUCAUCACUGCCUGUAAUAGCCAAAAGCACCAAUCCAGACCUUAUGCAUUCUACUUAUUCCCACACUUUUAGUAACUGCCAUGAUGUGCUCAGAAUUUCAACAGUCUGGGGCCAGAAAGCAGAUACUGUAGUUACUCUCAAGUCCAUGUUACAAGGCCAUGAAGAGUUCUCUUGAACACUUGUGAGUCUGACCCGUCAGUCCCAGAGUUGAAGAGAGGGACAGAGUAACUUGGAGCAGUGCAUUCUCCCUCAGUUUUCAUUAAGCAGUGGCAAUGGUUUGUGUUGUUUUUGAGGCAGUCUCUGUUGCUGUGGCUGGCCUGGAGCUCCCUAUGUAGACUAGCCUCAGAUCCACCUGUGACCUACCAGCUGCUGUGACUAAAGAGGCAUGUACCACCACACCUGACAAAUAUUUCCUUCAAGGGAACCAGAUUUUGGUUCUGUAUGCAGAUUUUUUUUUCCAAUGAAAUAAACAUAGUAGCUAUGUUUGAUAGACAAUAAUAGGUUGUGGACAGAGGUAAGCCCCCCCCCAAAAAAAAAGACGGGGAGGUUACUGGUGUAGACAUCUUGCCUUUGUAGAAAAUGUGGGGUAGACUUCAAUGGGUACUCUUGCUAAGACUUGGCCUGGGAGUGGAUGAGUGAAUUGCUUAACCCUUCUGUAAGGUCACCCUAGUAGAUAAGAUGUUAGCAAGGAACUAGCAAAACAAAGGCCCUGAAUCAUAAACAGCUCUUAAGACAUGUUCCUCACCCCCUUCUGUAUAAGCUUCAUGCCAGUAGUUGCCCAUUCUUGAUAUUUUAUUUCACAGUUUUAUUAUAUAUUUAUUUGGAAUAUUUAUUAAAUUUUCUUUUUCUGACUUAUA